AUGUUCACCCUACUGUUGCUCCCGCUUUUGGUGCAUCCCGUUGUGGGUUUUUCAUCGGCCACCGGUUUCUACGUGGAUAACGGACUGGAUCAAACUAUUCAGGAGAAAAGUGUGACGCUCCAGGACCGGCAGGAAAUCGAACACGAGAUUCUAGAGCUGCUUGGCCUGCCAGACCGACCAAAUGAAAAACACAUUCAUCCCUCGCUGAGAAAGUCCGCGCCGCAAUUCCUGCUCAACAUCUAUCGUAAAUUUUCUCAAGAAACUACCGGCGUAGUUCGCCAAAAGCGGAGCACCAUCUACAGCCGGAGUCUGUUCACGAUUGCGGACGAGCGAGCGAUCGAGGAGAGCGAUGUGAUCAUGUCGUUUUUGAACAAAGGUAAUCGGAACAUGCCAAAGGUUCGACAUCGGCGGUAUGGCGAACGAUUGUGGUUUGACACUCGAGAGACGCAGGAGGAUAGUGGAAAAGUUGUUUACGCGAGUUUGAGAAUUUACAAAAACGCCACAAUUGAUCACUGGAAUGCGAUCACAAGCGGGCGGCUGGUGACGGUGCGAACGUCUAUAAUUCGAGAUUACGAUUCGGAGCGUGGUGAACAUGAGCUGGAGUUUUUGGCAGAUCAAACUGUACCGUACAACUAUGAAGGCUGGUUGGAGAUCAAUGUGACUAACGCGAUGAUCCGCUGGAUGGCCAACAAUAUUAGCAACAAGGGGAUCUUUGUGGAUGCCAGUUACACCGAGAGUCCACAGAAAAACGUUCGACCCCAAGAUCUGGGGUUGAUUCUGUCCAACAAAUUCGGUCGCUAUCAACCCUUUAUGGUGGUGUACUGCAAGGGUCGUGAGUUGGUUAACCCCAAAACUCAUCCAAAUCGUUCCAAGCGAAGCGUUGUACGAGAAUACAAGAAGACAGUGAAGCCGAAGAAUCCGUUCCUGGAGCGAUGGGUGCAGCGGGAGAAGAGUUGCCAGAUCCACACGCUGUACGUCAGCUUUCGUGAUUUGCACUGGCAGGACUGGAUUAUCGCACCGGAAGGUUUUGGGGCAUUUUUCUGCCACGGUGAGUGCAGUUUUCCGCUGAAUGCCCACAUGAACGCAACCAAUCACGCCCUAAUACAGAGCCUGGUGCACUCGAUCAGUCCGGGACGCGUGCCGAAGCCGUGCUGUGCACCGACGCAGCUGAAUCCCAUUUCCGUGCUUUACCACAUCGAUGAUGCCAAUAUCAAUUUGAAAAAGUAUAAGAACAUGGUGGUGAAAAGUUGUGGCUGUUUGUAG